CUUAAGCCCUAGAUUGGAUUAGAUUAGGGCUCUUCAGGAUGGGCAGCUUGGCGAGGCGCGCAGGGAUCGCGAUCGCCCGGCGCAGCGCUUGCAUUUCCGCUCGAUCGUACAGCAGCAUCGAUCGCGACAUUGAAGAAUUCAACCAGGAGCUGGAAGAAAUGUUUGGUGCUCCCCCUGCCGCUGCUGGCGCGCAAGGAUUUCCAGCGAGAGAUCCAUCGUCCCAGAGCAUCGCAGCUCCAUCGAUAGCUAGAGAUCGAUCUUCUUCUCUAACUCACUUCGAUAGCUCUGGAAAGGCCUCGAUGGUGGACGUCUCUCACAAGAUGGACACCAAAAGGAACGCAGUAGCGUCCGGUAGAGUCCUCCUCGGGCCCGACGUCUUCCAUCUCGUGGCCGCCAACAAGAUCGCCAAGGGAGACGUCUUGACAGUGGCCAAGAUAGCGGGCAUCCAGGCCGCCAAGCAAACCGCGACGCUCAUACCUCUGUGCCACACCAUAGCUCUCAGCUCGGUGGACGUGAUGAUGGCGCUGGACGAGGAGGCUAGCUGUGUGGAAGUCACCGCGGAGGCUAGCUCGGUUGGCCCGACUGGUGUGGAGAUGGAAGCUCUCACGGCUGUCUCGGUGGCUUGCUUGACGGUGUACGAUAUGUGCAAGGCUGCGUCCAAGGCUAUACAGAUAUCCGGCAUCGAGCUCGUGUCCAAGUCCGGUGGCAAGAGUGGCGACUGGCAUCGAGAGAAGAAUUGAAGAAGCACUAUGGAUGAUGUGCUAUGGAUUUUGUAGCAAGGUGGAUAACGCUGCUAUGGCUUCAAUCACUUCAUGGGCGACGACGAACUUGAGGUGUGGCGGAGAAACCAGACCAACGCUUCCU